AUGUCAAUAGCUCAUUCAUCUGUCCAUGCCAAAUGGAUCGUGGGGAAAGUGAUUGGAACAGCAAUGCAAAAAACUGCUAAAGUGAGAGUAACCAGGCUUGUUCUGGAUCCCUAUUUACUAAAGCAUUUUAAUAAACAAAAAACCUACUUUGAUCAUGAUGCUUUUCAGCAGUGCACAGUUGGGGAUAUUAUGCUCCUCAAAGCUUUACCUGUUCCACGGACGAAACAUGUGAAGCAUGAGCUGGCUGAGAUCAUUUUCAAAGUUGGGCAAGUCAUAGAUCCGGUGACCGGAAAACCCUGUGCAGGAACUACCUACUUGGAGAGUCCUGUUAGUUUGGAAACCACCCAUCUAAUCAAAAAUCUGGAAGAACACAGUAUCUCUUCUGAACAGUGA